AUGGAUGAAAGUGGUCUUCUCUGGAAAGCGUUUCCAACAAAAACGCUUUCUUGCGAUAAAAAUGUUGUAAAUGGAUAUAAAAGUCGCAAAGACCGAUUUACAGUAGGAUUCUGCGCUAACGCGACUGGAACAAAUAAAAUGAUACCUUUAAUUGUUUAUAAGUACCAUAGUCCAAGAGCAUUGAAGCAUGUAUUACACAGGCUUCCUGUAAUUUUUAAAGCCCAAAAAAAUGCGUGGGUUGACGAACAAAUAUUUGUAAGUUGGUUUGAAAACUAUUUCGAACCAUCGGUGCGCGUACAUCAAUUGAAAAAUGGCACCGUUGGGAAAGUAAUUUUAUUACUGGACAAUUGCGCUGCGCAUAGAGUGCCCGAAGAUCUAAAACACCAGGAAGAUUUUAAAAUAAUAUAUCUACCGCCAAACACGACGUCGAUCCUACAACCCAUGGACCAGGGCAUAAUUGCAAAAACGAAAAAACUAUACAGGAAGCAUAUGCUUCAAACAGUGUUGACGUAUGCAGGAGAAAUAUUAAUACAAGCGUGGUCCGAGGUAACUGUGGAAAAUUUAAAAAAUGGCUGGAAUAGACUAAUUGCGGAGCCUUCAAUUGCCACAUAUCCGGAAGAAGAGGAACAGUUAGAAGAAUUAAUUUCAGCAAUAAGCGAAGGAGAAAUUUCACCUGCAGUAGCGACAGUAUUCCUAUCUGCAUGUUCACAAGAAGAAAAAGUUUUCAAUGAAAAUGAUGUGAACGUAUGUGAGGAAGAAAAAGAAAGUGAAGAGAAUGAAGAUGCGUGUGAAAAUGAGAGAACAGCCACAAGCUCGAAAUCAGAGCGUAUAAAACAUAUUGUGCAGUGCUUAACACUUUUGUCAAUGCGAGGCACUAAAUUGGCGUUGGAAUUAAACAAACUAUUAUCAGAAGAUUCAACAGCUAUAGCAAAACCAGCUCUAUUCACUGCUACCAUGUUCUUACAAACAUGGAACAGCUCUCAAUGA